AGCAGUUUAAUGUUUAAUGUAGUUUGCUAAUAUCGAGUUAGGCUGUUUGUAUUUUAAACAAACUUGGAUAGCUUUGGAAAGCUUUCUGGAUAUACAUAAACUUAAAUGUUGUUUUAAAAUUUGACUGACAUAUCACAUGCUAACAUACUGUAGAAUGUAUAAAUCUGGCAGCAAAGUCAUAGUUCAACACCUGUUCAGCAUGUAAAAAAAAGUGAAACACAAGAUGUAUUUACUUGUUUGAAUGUUACUUUUGUACAGCUGGAUCCUUUCAUAAUUUCAUUCAUAUAAGCCACACCCCUGUGAAACAAUGAUCCUCUCUUCAGCAGGAACUUUCAUUGCAGCCUGAGAAUAUGAUGUCAUCUCUGCUGAAGGAAGAGAUGCAGCGAGUUCUGUUCAGGCCAGAGAAACACAGACUGGUGGAGUUUAUAGAAAUUGAAGAGGAACAAAGAGGUCGACAUUUCCUUUGUGUGUCCGUUUCUAAGAGCAAAGAGGUCCAGAUCUCAGUGGUGCGGUGCCAGAAAGCUCAACAUAACGGUUGUAAGAAAUCCCGGCGUAUUGGCCUGGAGGAUAGUUAUGUGAAGACAGAAGUCUGGGCACUGCAGGAGCUAAUGGUUCUGGAUGGGAAGGACCCUGAUACAGACGAUCCUUGUUUUGUGAUGCACUUCGACACAGUGCGUCCCGUGAAAGCUGUGAGCUGCGCCGCCAAGUAUUCGCUGGCCCGCUGCCUGGUCGCCCUCGGCGACAGACAUAAGCACACGGAGCUGCGUCUCCAGAAUUUUGACUGGACUUACGUCCAGCCCACGUCCAUAUAUUCGAACAGAGGCGACUGCAUGGUCCUAAUGCGAAUCUGCUUCUAUGCUUUCAACCUAGUAUGUCUGUCGUUAUGCCCUGUUCCCUAGGUAGGGGGAUGAAAUUUGGGACGUGUCCUAAAUCCGUCCCAAAAGGCACAUUGCCCACUGUCAAAUCUCAAGACUCAGGUAGAUCAUUCAUGACAUCACGUCAUGUCACAUCCAUCUGUUUAAUAUGUUCACUAAUUGGUUUUGGCAUAGAUACGCAUGCAACCCCAAUCUAAACAGUGUUACUUCCAGCACCAUCUAGAUGAGUGAAGUAAAUAUGCUGAUAUUCAUUGAAGUUGACAGAAAAAAUAGUUGGUAAAAUUAAAUACCAUAUCUAUUUCUUUAGAACAACCCAGUUCAUUCUGCACAUUAUAUUAGCAGAUUGUGGAUAUCAGAGAAAAUUGCUUUACAAAUUGCAUUACUGGCAACAAGUUUAGGGAUGUCACUUCCCAUGGAAAAUCAGUGGCUUGUGGAGAUACCUUUAGGCUCUUGAGGAUGUCUCCCCGUGUCCUCCCACAUUGCAUAUGUAUCCCUCUGCAAGAUUUAAGUGUUAUUCUUCUUCAAUCAUGAUAAUGUGAAGCAAGGGUGCUGCAAAAAGAAAAACAACCGUGCUGUUGUAGCCCUCUAGGAUGAAGCUGCCUGUGCCUAAAUAAAUACAUUCUGCAAGCCUAGUCUAUACGCUGUACACUUGCUGAAUUAAAACUCCUUGUGCCGUGUAAGGGCUGUGCGUUGCAUCUGUCCUGUAGUGUAUUCAGUACUGCUGAAACAGUGGAAAAGUCAUACAAUAAAGGACCAGUUGCAGCCGUUUGAACAGCUUCAGCCCUGGGCAGAGUGAA